CGGAUUCCGUUUAUUCCGGCUUGCGAUUCCAGGGCGUUCGGUUCGGUUUUCAGAAGCUCUCGAAAUUUACGUCCGAUCCGGGUUCAAUAAGAUUGAACUAUUCUAGAACCAGUGAAAGCGUUUAAGGUGAAAUUUUAUAAUCAGAGGCAAACGAAAAACUGAUCCAGAGUGUGUAAUAUGAACUGUGACUAGUGAUCUUGAUAGAAGUGCACUGAAAAUACCUCAAGGUGAAGUUCAAAUAAAUCAAGAACAGCUAAAAUCGUGAGAAAUUGAAGGUGGAAUCGUGGACCGGAAGCUUUUACAAGUUUUUGAAUAUUCAAAUAAAAUCAACCCUUCCCGAUGAUGGCACCAAACGUGCUCGGGAACACGUUACUGCUGGCGGAAACGUGUAUAGAACAGGAUGAUUCGAACAACAACAACAAUAGCAGCAGCCAGAUCAAAGCGAACAAAUCUAUCCUGAAUGUGAGAGGCCCGGAAUCGACGGUCACAGCACCGGCAACGGUGACACGUGUCAAGGACGAUGCACUUCAAAAGACUGCCCAAAAAAGCGCCUCCUCCGCAUCCCCCCGAGAGAUGGUGCUGGUUUGGAGGAACAUACUGGCGUUCGUUUAUCUGCAUGCCGGUUUCCUGUAUGGUGGCUACCUGCUGUUCACCUCAGCCAAAUUUUCCACAUUCGUGCUUGCCUUUUCAUUAGGAAUGUUCGGGGCAUUCGGAAUAACGGCCGGGGCUCAUCGCCUAUGGUCGCACAAAUCGUACAAGGCCAAGUGGCCAAUGCGCUUGAUUUUGAUGCUCUCGCAAACGUUGGCCUUCCAGAACAGCAUCUACGAAUGGGUCCGGGAUCAUAGGGUCCAUCACAAGUUCACUGACACGGAUGCGGAUCCACAUAAUGCCCAACGAGGGUUCUUCUUCUCUCACAUCGGCUGGCUGAUGGUCAAAAAGCACCCGGACGUGAAAGCAAAGGGCCGAGCCGUAGACAUGAGCGAUCUCAAGGAAGACAAGAUUGUGAUGUUCCAGAAAAAGUACUACUUUUUUCUGAUGCCAACGUUCUGUUUCCUGAUCCCCACGUUCAUGGGUUAUUACUUUCUGGACGAAACGCUGUCCAACUCGUGGUACGUUGUUGCUAUCUUCCGGUACGUGCUAUCCCUCAACGGAACUUGGUUGGUGAACAGUGCAGCUCACAUUUGGGGAACUAAGCCGUAUGACAAGAAAAUUUCUCCAACGAACAACACCUUCGUGGCGAUUGCGGCCGCCGGGGAAGGUUGGCACAACUACCAUCAUGUGUUCCCUUGGGAUUACAAGACAUCCGAAAUGGGAACCUAUGGGACGAACUUUACAACCGGUGUAAUCGAUUUCUUCGCCUGGCUGGGCUGGGCUUACGAUCUGAAGACCGUUUCGGAUGAUAUGAUCAAGAAGCGGGUGCUGAGAACUGGCGACGGUUCCCACGACUACAGCGAGGAACAGCUGCGGGAAAAGAUGGUCGACUACCUCAACACGAUGGACCACGAAGACGAGAAACCCGUCUGGGGAUGGGAUGAUUUGGAUAUGAACGAAGAAGAUCGGAUCGAUGCUACCAUUAGUAAAAAAUUGGAGUAAAAUGUUGUUGAUGAUCGAUUUGUGGUUAGAGUAAACGACUUUGGACGGGUCUGCCAAAUGUUGGACUGCAUCUCAUAAAUAUGAAUCAUUUCGUUGUUGAAUCAUUCCAUUCAAUGCAUACUAAGUGAUAGCGAUAACUUUUAGAUUUCUGUGUAUCUUUUCCUUAAGUGUUUUUAAAAGCUUAAUUGACUUACCAUUUAUGGAACUGUUAUAGGAUUUAUCGAUUGAAAUGACAAAAGAACGAAUGCAGGUCAAGCAAAUCUAUUACACAUAUUAAUUUAUUCAUCAAGUUUAGAGUUUUGCUGAAUGUAGCAAAAAUGUGAACGCAUCUAAAUAUACACAAAAACAAAGUGGUAAAAGAGCAAAUUUUAAGAUUUAUAUUGAAU